AAGAAGGUCUUGUCACCCACCGUGAGCUGGAGUACCGACGACUCGGACCUCAGCCCCAGGCUUCUGCUUAGGAGAACGAAACCCGGGACAGACCUGAGCGCACAUCCUGUUAGGAUAGAGGGUGGCGCCUGGAGGAGCCAGAUGCGGGGAAUACCGUGAAGGAGGGUGUUGCCGCCCCGAAGACUGACAGGUGGUGGGAACCUAAGCAGGAGGUGGCGAGGAGUACGCGAGAGCGAUGGCCAGUGUGGCUGCUCGCACUUGGUAGAUGGGGCUUGGAUCUGGAGUCGAAGCUGAGAGCGUACGUGGUUAAGAAGGUGGUGCCGCGAUAAAAUCGGGAGCCCUCGCGCGAGGAGGAGGAAUUUUGUGGAACUUGGGAUGUAUCGGGUUUGCAACGGUGGUUUAGGCAGGGAUGGUAGAAGGGUAACAGGAAGAAAGCAUGGGGAGUGAGCCGGAAGGAGACGUCCUAGGUGAGAACAAAACAGGUGGAGUUUCGUGUAGUACUAGGGUAAGGGUAAGAAGUAUUGGUUUUGUUUGGGGGAAUGUUAUCAGUGACAGGAGGUGCUGCCAGGGUUUCAAGGAGCCCGUGGGAGUCUGAGACCGGGUGGCUGGAUUUGAGGAUUAGGAAGUUACGAGAGUCGGCCACUGAAUGGAGAGACUGCAGGUGCAGACGUGACCUUCUUCCCUUGGAGCACGGAGCAGACGCUUAUGGAGAAAAUGAUCCACAGUCUAUUUCUCAUAAACUGUUCCGGUGACAUAUUUCUAGAGAAGCACUGGAAGAGUGUUGUGAGCCAAUCUGUCUGUGAUUACUUCUUUGAAGCUCAAGAGAAAGCUGCUGAUGUUGAAAAUGUACCCCCUGUCAUUUCCACACCUCACCACUACCUCAUCAGUAUCUAUAGGGAUAAGCUCUUCUUUGUGUCUGUCAUACAGACUGAAGUGCCACCUCUCUUUGUAAUUGAAUUCCUACAUCGAGUUGCUGACACUUUUCAGGACUACUUUGGUGAGUGUUCAGAGGCUGCAAUUAAGGAUAAUGUGGUCAUAGUGUAUGAGCUCUUGGAAGAAAUGUUAGACAAUGGAUUUCCACUGGCUACUGAAUCUAACAUUUUGAAAGAACUGAUUAAACCACCAACAAUUCUCCGUUCUGUCGUCAACUCUAUUACAGGCAGUAGUAAUGUUGGGGACACACUCCCCACUGGGCAGCUGUCCAACAUCCCAUGGCGCCGGGCAGGAGUGAAGUACACAAAUAAUGAAGCCUAUUUUGAUGUCGUUGAAGAAAUAGAUGCAAUUAUAGAUAAAUCAGGAUCUACAGUCUUUGCAGAAAUUCAGGGGGUCAUUGAUGCUUGCAUUAAGUUAUCCGGAAUGCCUGACCUUUCCCUUUCUUUCAUGAACCCCAGGCUGCUAGAUGAUGUCAGCUUCCACCCCUGCAUCCGGUUCAAACGUUGGGAAUCUGAAAGAGUUUUGUCAUUUAUUCCUCCAGAUGGAAAUUUCCGACUCAUAUCAUAUCGGGUCAGCUCACAAAAUCUAGUGGCAAUACCAGUGUAUGUGAAACAUAGCAUCAGCUUUAAGGAGAACAGUUCUUGUGGCAGAUUUGAUAUUACAAUUGGACCAAAGCAGAACAUGGGAAAAACUAUUGAAGGAAUCACAGUGACAGUUCAUAUGCCAAAAGUUGUGCUGAAUAUGAACCUGACGCCAACACAAGGCAGCUAUACAUUUGAUCCAGUUACCAAGGUACUAACAUGGGAUGUGGGGAAAAUUACUCCACAAAAGCUCCCAAGUCUUAAGGGACUGGUGAAUUUACAGUCUGGAGCACCCAAGCCAGAAGAAAAUCCAAGCCUCAACAUACAGUUCAAGAUCCAGCAGCUUGCUAUUUCAGGCUUAAAAGUAAACCGCUUGGACAUGUAUGGGGAGAAAUACAAGCCAUUUAAAGGAGUCAAAUACGUCACAAAAGCUGGAAAGUUCCAAGUGAGGACAUGAGAAGAGGCCAAAAUCCUUCAAGAUCUGUUUGUUUUCUCAGUGUCAUUAUAGUUUAUUACUUUGAGGUACCAAGUGGGUGGGAAUACUUAUUCUAGUUAAAGCAUUUGUGUGAGCUACACGCCGCUAACAGAGUUGCUUAGUGCUCCAUGUAGGGUUCUUAAGGAGCUUUAAGCUAAGGUAAUUUUUUAAUAACUUAGCUUGUUUUGUAUCUCUUACUUAGGAAGAUUUUGGGGGUGAUUUUCUCCAUAGGAGGCACCAGCUGGAGGUUGCACAUUGUAACAGUAAAGACAGAAGGCUACAGUGAUAACCUCUCUCCUAAAACAAGUGAACUGAUCUCAGCCAGCAGCUGUCUUCAUCUGUAAUGUGAUGUGUCAAGUGCAGCCAAAUAUCACACCUGAUCUUAGCCAUCCCAAAUCAGCAUCUGUUCCAAGAGGAAAUUCCCUCCACCCCAAGAAGUUUACAAAAAAACUGCCUCUUCAAGUGUUUGCCUUAUUCAGCUUUUCACUUGUGCCAUUAAGCAAGCACUGUAGCAGAAGCCACCUCCACAUGCCCUGGCAAGGAGCAUUGCUGCUCCACGCUCCAUUCUCACUGUACUUGGUAUUGUAUUUUUUAUAAAUAAGAUUUCUAUGUAAA